CGGGAGCCGCCUCCCCGCGGGGCCCCGGCUGGGGCCGACCGGCCACCACACCGAGGGCGACGGCCUCGGCGCGCGUGCAGCCGUGCGCGAUGGCGGGGCCCCACGAAGGGACCCCGGCCAGGGCAGCUGAGACACCACCGCCCCCGCCGGUAGCGCACACCUUGGAGCCGGACGCGGGCAGCAAUGCUGGUCACCUCUCAUUCUUUACGAAGGUGUGCUAUGGCAUUGGCGGGGUCCCAAACCAGGUGGCCUCCAGCGCCAUAGCCUUUUACCUGCAACUCUUCCUGCUCGAUGUGGCACAGAUCCCUGCUGCCCAGGUGUCACUUGUCCUGUUUGGAGGGAAGGUGUCUGGGGCAGCAGCCGACCCUUUGGCUGGAUUCCUCAUCAACAGAAGCAGGAGGACAGGGUCUGGACGACUCAUGCCCUGGGUGCUGGGCUGCACGCCCUUCAUCGCCUUGGCUUACUUCUUCCUGUGGUUCCUGCCUCCCUUCACCAGCCUUCGAGGCCUCUGGUACACAACCCUCUACUGCCUGUUCCAGGCUCUGGCCACGUUCUUCCAGGUGCCCUACACGGCGCUGACCAUGCUCUUGACCCCCAGCCCCAGGGAGCGGGACUCAGCCACCGCAUACCGGAUGACCAUGGAGAUGGCAGGGACACUGAUGGGAGCCGCCGUCCACGGACUCAUCGUGUCUGGUGCCCAUGGGUCUCACAGGUGUGACGAAGCCACGCUCCCGGGGCAGGUGGCUGUCUUUCCCAACGCGAUUCGUCUCUACCCCAUUGCAGCUGCCGUGGUUGCUGUGACUUACCCCGUGUGCAGCAGUUUGCUCUGCCUGGGGGUGAAGGAGCGGCCAGACCCCUCUGCCCCAGCCUCGGGCCAGGGCCUGAGCUUCCUGGCUGGGCUGGGCCUCACCGUCAGGCACCCGCCCUACCUGAAGCUGGUCAUCUCCUUCCUGUUCAUCUCAGCAGCCGUUCAGGUGGAGCAGAGCUACCUGGUCCUGUUCUGUACACACGCCUCCCGGCUUCAUGACCACGUCCAGAGCCUGGUGCUAACCAUCCUGGUCUCGGCAGUGCUGAGCACCCCGAUGUGGGAAUGGGUCCUGCAGCGAUUUGGGAAGAGGAUGUCUGCCUUUGGGAUCUGUGGGAUGGUGCCAUUUGCAAUCCUGUUGGCUGCUGUGCCCACGGCGCCGGUGGCAUACGUCGUGGCCUUUGUAUCCGGCAUAAGCAUUGCUGUGUCCUUGCUGCUACCCUGGUCCAUGCUUCCAGAUGUGGUGGAUGACUUCCAGCUGCAGCACCAGCAUGGCCCAGGGCUGGAGACCAUCUUCUACUCAUCCUAUGUCUUCUUCACCAAGCUUUCAGGCGCAGGCGCCCUGGGCAUCUCCACGCUCAGCUUGGACUUUGCAGGGUACGAGUCAGGAGCCUGCAAGCAGGCGGAGCAGGUGGUGGUGACCCUCAAAGUCCUCAUCGGUGCUGUGCCUACCUGCAUGAUCCUCACCGGUCUCUGCAUCCUCAUGGUCGGCCCGGCUCCCAAGGCGCCGACCCAGGACAGCUCCCGCUCCCUUAGGAGGAGGACCAGCUACAGCCUCGCUUGAAUUUGAAAGUUCUGUGAGCCAGAACAGCAGGAACCAUGUCUUCUGGGCUACAAACCCCCUCUCUUCUCAGCCCUUCAGCACCCCUCCUUCCGUCUACACAUGGCCCGUCUUUCCCCCUGGGAUCCAGAGUCUUCAGUGACUCUCCAGAAGGGAGUGGCCUGGGCCCCAGGACCGCCACCUGUCAUGUCUGGCCUAUUGACCACAGGACAUCUCAGACCCGCCUGUGCCCCUGACUACUCAGCUCCAGGUCACCUGUGACCUGGAAAGUAGCAACUCUUCCUAGAAAAAGGAGGCUGCUACCAGCCUGGUCUGCAGACUUCCCGCAGGAGCACCAGGCCCACCAAUGUUCCUGACAGGACAGACACACAGAACUCGUUUCUCCUGAUGGUCCAGUGGACAUCUGAGAGGCAGAUAGGCAGCACGUGAACAGCGAGGGCGGCGGGGACAGGUGGACAUGCUGGGAUGUCAGUUUAGGAGAGACACGCAGAUGCGGUGAGGCCCACAGGCCUGGGGGAGCGGAUGCAGCAGCAAUGGGGACAAACUGAGCAGGGCCUGUGGGGCAUGUUUCCCUUCGUACAGCUAAGCUGACGGCAGUGUUUCUAGAAGUGGACACAGAUGGAUAUCAAGCCACCAGAGCUCAAUCAUUUUUAUGAACAAAAGUUGUUUCUGUGAAAAUAACAUUCUGAAAGUUUAUCUUAUAAAAGCAUAGGAACCUCCA